AUGUGGCUAAGUAACUUAUUUACUAAAACAAAAAACAAUGAAUGUAAUGACAGUAUCAACGAAGAUAUAGCUAACGAGGAAUCAACCAAUGUUUCAUCAAAUCACGAAGAGGAACCAGUAAUAAAUGAUUUGAAAGAAAGAGUUGAAUGCGUAAAAAUGAUAUACGCAAAAUUACAAACAUUACAAAAUAAACAAGAUUUAGAUUUAAACAACAACUAUGCGAAUACUGUAGACGAAAAACACGACCAAUGCACGUCUACGAAUGAAAAUGAAAACAAUUUAGAAAUAAAUAAUUGUAAGAUAGAUGAUGUCCUUAAGAUUAUACCAGUUAUAGAAUCAAAUCUACAAAUACUUACUGAAAAAGUAUCUUGUCUUUCUGGCUUAUUAGAUGAAAAGCAGCUCAAUUCUACAAUUAUAACUGACCAAAAUAUUACUUCGAACAGUUCUGAUGGUAUAAAUAGUGCUUCAAACUCUAUAAACAAAUUGAGCUGCAUUAUUAAUAAAACGACACCGCCAAGUAAAGAUACUUUACUUGGAAUAGAUCCUGAAGAAAAUAUGAAAACGCAAAAAAACAAACAAAGUGUUAUAAUGAAAAAAAGAGAAUCUCAUAAAAAGGUUAAAGUUAAAAUAAAUUCCACGGAAAUUAUUAAUAAAAAUGAUCAAAAUACGGUUGAAGAAAAUGUACCCGAGUACAAUGUUAAGUUAGUUGACCAAUUAACCAAUUUAGAUGGUCAGUUAGAAUCAUUUUAUAAAAAUAUACAAUCAGCCUUGAAUCAAUACAAAAUUGACCAAGUAAAAGAAAAAUCAGAAAUCAUGGUUAAUUUAUCCAGACUGGAGAAAAAAAUUAACAUAAACUAUAUGAAAAUGGAUAAAUUAAUGUCCAAUGUUGAAUACCUAAGUAAAUUACACGAUCCUGUUAAACAAGACUUCAUGAAAAACCAAUCAAAUAUCGAAAUAAAAAGUAAACAUGAACUGCAAAAAAGUAAAGACGAUAUUAAAGUUUGUAUUGAUAACCUUAUAAAACCAAAUCCAAUUAUUAUAAAACAAACGCAACCAUAUAUUACUACUGAUGGUCCAAUCACGAACACACAUUUCAAUGACGCAUGUAAAAUUAAUCGGUGUGUUUGCCAAUUAAUAGAUAAUACUAAUGCUGCUAAUACAAAAAUUAUAUCACACGAUGGUAAUAAUCAAAUUAAGUACGGUGAUAUUAUUUUAAGUGAAUUUUUAAAAACAAAGUUAAUUGAUUUGGAGAAGAUUGAACUAGACCAGUAUCAACCCAAAGUUGUACAGCUAAAUCAAUUAACGAAUCAAAUAAACGACAAAAAAAAUAGUUAUUCAUCAGUUUGUUCAAAAAAAUCGUGUAAUUUUUCAAAUAGUUGUAUUGGAAAUCAAAUUGACCACGAAAAGACUAGCCAUGUAUCAGUAUGUUCGAAAGAACCUAACCAUAUUCCAAAUAAUUACGAAGAACAAAAAAUUAAUCGUUUAACUGUAGGUCCCAAGAAAUCCUACCGUAAUUUAUCAAAAAUUGGUGUUGAAUUCGACACAAAAAAGUCAAACCAACCGAUUAAAAAAAAAUCAGUUUGUACAAACAAUAUUUGUGAUUUUCUUUCGUCUCAGCCAAUUCCAGAAUGGAUAAGACGAGACGAGACUCUCGUUGCAUCAGAUAAUCUAUGCUGUAAAGAUAAAGCUAAAUCAUUAACAAAAAAUAGUAAUUUAAAUGUUUUGAAAUUUUAUAAUAUUGAAAAAAUUAUAAAAGACAACUAUAACAAGAACGACACAGAUAAUAUAGUUUAUGAAAUUACACGCAAACCCUAACUUCCAAAUGAAAAUAAAAUCAACUGUAAUUUGAAAGAACAAAAUUCAGAAUCAUGUGAUAAACUAAACAAUAAUCCCUAG